AUGAAAGAAAUAAUUACAAUUUAAGUUGGAUAGGGAGGAAUAUAGGUUGGAAAUGCAUGUUGGGAAUUGUUCUGUCUAGAGCAUUAGAUUUAGUCUGAUGGAUAGAUGAUCAAUCCAUAAGUUAUAGGAAUAAAUGAUGCAUUAAAAACAUUUUUUUAUGAAUCUGAUCAUUAGAAACUAGUUCCAAGAUCUAUAUUUGUGGAUUUAGAAUCUACUUAAAUAGAUUAAGUGAAAACUAGUAAAUUUAAGGCUAUGUUUAGCCAAAACUAAUUUAUUUCUGGGAAAGAGGGUGCUGCUAACAAUUUUGCAAGAGGUCAUUAUUCUAUUGGCAAAGAUUAUGGUGAUAUAUGUUUGGAAAGAAUCAGAAUGCUUGCUGAUAAUUGUUCUUCAGUUUAAGGAUUUAUGAUGUUCAAUUCAGUUGGUGGAGGGACAGGUUCUGGUUUAGGUACAUUGUUAUUUGAAAAAUUAUCAGAUGAUUAUAAUAAAAAAUCUAGAUUGAGUAUAAAUAUUUAUCCAUCACCAGAAACUUCUGUUUCUAUGGUUGAACCCUAUAAUUCUAUUUUUGCAACUUAAUCUUUAUUAGAACAUGCUGAUGUUUGUAUACCUAUGGAUAAUUAAGCAAUUUAUGAUAUAUGUAAGAAUAGUCUUGACAUUGAAACACCAAAAUAUUCUAAUUUGAAUAGGAUGAUAGCUCAAGUGAUUUCAUAAAUAACAGUAGAUAUGAGAUUUAAUGGAGCACUAUUUACUGAUAUAUCAGAAUUGCAAACUUCCCUUGUUCCCUAUCCCAUCUUCAAAUUUUUGAUUUCCUCUUAUGCUCCUAUAAUAACUCAUUUCAAGAUGGACCAUGUGUAACUUUCGACUGUUGAAAUUUCAAAACUUGCUUUUGAAACAGAAAAUAUGAUGGUGAAAUGCGAUCCAAGAUAGAGGAAAUAUAUGUCAUUAUCAAUAUUGUAUAGAGGAGAUAUCAUUCCUAAAGAUGUAAGCUAUUCAAUCUCAUAAUUAAAAACUUAAAAAACUAUUACAUUUGUUGAUUGGGUUCCGACAUGCUUUAGGGUAGGAAUUAAUCACCAAGUUCAAUAAACCUUACAAGAAGAUGAUAUAUGUAAAGUUUUACGAUCUGCAUGUAUGAUUUCAAAUACAACAGCAAUAACUUAAAUCUUUUCAAAACUAUGCCAUUAAUAUGAUUUAAUGUUUGCAUAAAAAGCCUUUGUGUAUUGGUAUCUAUAAGAGGGGAUGGAGGAAGGAGAAUUCGUAGAAGCAAGAGAAGGAUUAGCAAGCUUAUAAAAGGAUUAUGAGUAAGCAGAUUCUGAAAUAUUUGAAGAAUAUUUAAAAGAAAAAACAGAAACAUGA